AUGGCCGGUCAGAAAUCCAAGCAGGCGAAGCCCGCCAAGGUGUCCAAGAGCAAGGAGACUCCUGCUCCUCCCGCUCAACUCGUCGCCGCGAUCAGCGCUUUCCUGAGCGAAUCUGGUCUGUCCAAGACCAAGGACGCUUUCACCAAAGAACUCUCCAGCAAGUCGAUCGACUCUGAUGCGAAGAACGUGCCGUCCCUGCUCGAACUCUACCAGUCUUGGGAAAAGUCCUCCGAGAAGUCCUCCGGUUCUAGCUCUUCGGACAGCGAGAGCGACAGUGAGAGUGAGAGUGGAAGCGAGAGCGAUAGCGAGAGCAGUGAUAGCAGCUCCGACGAGUCCAGCGAUUCUGAUGUCGAGAUGAACGACAAGUCCGAGUCCGACAGCGACAGCGACUCCGACGAGGAGGAGGAGAAGAAGAAGCCCGCUGCCCCUGCUGCCAAGUCCCAGGGCACCAAGCGCAAGGCCGAGUCCAGCUCCUCCGAGUCUGAUUCCGAAUCUGAGUCUGACGAGGCCCCGAAGUCGAAGAAGACCAAGGUGACUUCCGCCAAGGAGGAGUCUUCUGACUCGGACUCCUCUGACUCUGAAUCCGACUCUUCCUCUUCCUCUUCCGAGUCUGAAGUGUCCUCCGACUCCGACUCCUCUAGCGAUGACUCCAGCUCCUCUUCUGAGUCUGAUUCCGACUCCGACUCUGAUUCGGACUCUGACUCUUCCUCCGACGAGGACGACAAGAAGGCCGACAAGAAGGCCCUGAAGGCUGCUACCAAGACCCCUCUGCCUCCGUCCGACUCUAGCUCCAGCGGCUCUUCCUCGUCUUCCUCCUCCGACUCCGACACCACCGGAACCGUCAGCAACUCCGACUCUGCCGCCAAAGAGCAGUCCCAGUCUGCCCAGACUUCCGCAUCUAGCAGCGCCAGCCCUGCUCCCGGCAACGCCCCCCAGAAGAAGAAGCACACCGGUGCUCGCCCCACUCCUCUGGCGCAGCUGAGCGAGGGUCCCACCGACCACUACCUCUCGAACGACUACGUUCCCUACGCCUACGCCGAGAAGGCCUGGCAGGAUCUGUCGGUCACCCGCGGCAAGGGCUUCACCAAGGAGAAGAACAAGAAGAAGCGCGGCUCUUACCGUGGUGGUCCCAUCGACAUCUCGGGCGGCAAGUCUUUCAAGUUCGAUGACUAG